CAAAUCCCAGACAAUAGGCUCGCCCCCGCCCUGAGUCCCCGCCGAGCGCCCUAAGGAGAGGCCGGGCAGCCGUCGCCGUCACGCACCGAUUUUCUAUUUUGUACAUACAUUGUUUUGUAUAUACUGUAUAUGAUGACUUCGGUGGGAAGUGAACGCACCCGGGGCACUCGGGAGAAAACACAGAUCUCAGCUCCACAGACACAGCCGCAGAAACAGGUACAGGCAACAGCUGAGCAGAUCCGCCUCGCACAGAUGAUUUAUGACAAAAAUGAUGCAGAUUUUGAGAAUAAAGUAAAACAACUGAUGGAAGUAACCGGAAAAAACCAAGACGAGUGUAUCGUGGCGCUCCAUGACUGCAACAGCGAUGUACACCGAGCAAUAAACAUCCUGCUGGAAGGCAACUCGGACACCACUUCUUGGGAAACCGUUGGAGGCAAAAAGAAAAGCAUCGGAAAGGAGAGCUCAGAAAACAAAGAGAACCGCGAGAAGAGAGGCGAGCGGGACAUGAGCCGAGGCCGCGGGGCUUCCAGCCGGCGCGGACGGGGAGCGAGUCGAGGCAAAGAAUUCAGAGUGGAGGAGAAUGGAGUGGACGCUGGACCCGGGGACAGGCCUUCGGACCGGGGCCGGCGCGGCCGUGGCAGAGGGUUUGGAGGACGUGGCCGUGGCAGGGGGUCAGGGAGAUUUUCUGCGCAAGGCAUGGGAACUUUCAACCCGGCCGACUACACAGAGCCAGCAGCCAGCGACGGCUUUGGGGUGAAGCCCGAGGUUUGGGAGACCGGUCAGAGCGACGGAGACGAUGUCACCGGUAAAUGUACGUGGAGGAAUUCUAUCGAGGAGUGGACAGCGGACGACUGGAAUGAAGAUCUUUCAGAGACGAAGGUUUUCACGGCGUCUUCUGUCCCAACCGAGAACCACAUCGCAGCAGGACAGAGCAUUGAUUUGGUUGCCCUGCUGCAGAAGCCGCCAUCAAACGCUGAAGCCGAUUCUGUGAAUUUCGAGAGCCCUCAGCAGCAGAAUUUUGGUCAGGCCUUGGUGUUCACCAAUUCCCAGCACGGCACUCCGAUGACUCCUGCGCCCGCCGCCUCGAACGCCGUGAACAGCUACCCCCCUCAGAGUCUGUCUUCUGUCCUGGGUUCUGGAUUUGGAGAGCUUGGAUCUUCAAAACUGACAAAUUCCGCAGGAUCUCAGAUACUCGAACAGCUGAAAAAUCCUGGUUUGGGGCAAUUCCAAACACAAAGCACCCAGCAAGGCAGCAGCAAUUCCAACCCUCCUCCUCCGUGGGAUAUAAAGCCGGCAGCACAGCCGCCGUCGGUCCUCGGUCAGUUUGACUUCAAAUCUCAACCUGAGCCGUCCCCAGUGCUGAGUCAAUUGGCCCAACGACAGCAACACCAAAUGCAGUCUGUACCUGCCCCGCCGCCUGGCUUGGAGACCUUCUCAUCCCAGGUGAAGCUCCGCGAGACCUCCCCUGUGGACACCUCGGCGGCAGCGGGUAAAAUGCUGCAGCUGGACACCCAGGCCAUGACCGCCCAGACUCAUCAGCAGAAACAAAUGAAACCUCAGAAGCGAAGGAUACCUCCAACAUCAAAGAUUCCAGCGUCUGCCGUGGAAAUGCCGGGGACGGCGGACGUCACCGGGUUAAACGUGCAGUUCGGAGCCCUGGAGUUCGGAUCGGAGCCUUCCCUGCCUGAGUUUGGCUCCAAUUCAAGCCCAGAGAAUACAGUCCCAGCGCCAAGCAAUCUGUAUUCCAAAACCAUAAGUGACUCUCUGAAUACAUCUCUGCCGAUACCCAGCACCGCGCAGGAGCAGAGCUACACGGUUUCCAUAAUCACCACUUCCAGCCUCAGCGGCUCUUCCCAGAGCAGCAGCCCUGUAACCACCACCACCUCCUCGUCCUCUUCAGCCUACGAGCAGACGUCCGUGCACAGCCGGAUACCGUACCAGAACGCCGCGCCGCAAGCCGAGGUGCCGGUUACUAACGGACUCAAUGGAAUUCGGGCGCAGCAAACUCUGAACACUGCUUCCUCCGUCCCGUCAGUGAAAGCCGAGACGUCUCCUCCGAGCCUCUCCUCCGUGGGGGGUCUCUCCAGCGCAGCUUCCAGCUCCUCGGCCCUCCUUCCUCCGGUGUCUCCGCAUGCCUCGGCGGGAGCGCUGUCCGGUCUACAGCAGCCCAGCGAUCUCUCCAGCGCCUCCCUGUCGCAGCUCAACAGCACUUUGUCCGGGCACCAAAACAGCCUUCCUGCAGCCUCCGUACUGUCUGCUCCAGCCUCCCAUGCGCACACGAAUGUAGAGAACCCCAGCCCUCUCCCACCCGCGACGACCUUCUCCGCGGCUCAGACGUCCGCCACCAACACCACCUCUUCGGUGGCCAGCAUGGCAAGCAGUAUGAGCACCACCAACAGCCUGGGUCUGAGCGUGCCGAGCGUCAGCAUGUCCGCGGGGACGACACGGACGGCGCCGCUGGUAUCAGGAAAAGCCCCUCCUAACCUUCCGCAGGGGGUCCCUCCGCUCCUACAUAACCAGUACAUCAUGGGGCCUGGAGGCCUUCUACCCGCUUACCCACAGAUUUACGGGUACGACGAUCUCCAGAUGCUUCAAUCUCGGCUCCCAAUGGAUUACUACGGAAUUACGUUCUCGGCCCCGGCUACACUGACGGGCAGAGAUGGAGGGCUGGCGAGCAAUCCGUAUUCUGGCGACGUGGCAAAGUUUGGCCGCGGUGACUCCGCUUCUCCGGCUCCCGCCACCACGCUGGCGCAACCUCAGCAGAACCAAACCCAGACGCACCACACGGCCCAGCAGCCGUUCCUGAACCCGGCGCUGCCUCCGGGCUACAGCUACACCGGGUUACCCUACUACGCCGGGGUCCCGGGGGUGCCCAGUGCUUUCCAGUACGGGCCGACCAUGUUUGUACCCCCUGCAUCUGCCAAGCAGCACGGAGUCGGCCUCAGCACGGCCUCCACGCCUUUCCAGCAGGCCGGCGGCUACGGGCAGCACAGCUACGGUGCGGGUUACGACGACCUGACGCAAGGAACAGCGGCUGGCGAUUACAGCAAAGGAGGAUACAGCGGCUCGUCUCAAGCACAAAGCAAGUCUGCCGGUGCUGGGCCCGGAAAAGGGGUGUCUGUGAGCUCCAGUAACUCGGGGGUCCCUGACAUCAGCGGCUCUGUCUACAACAAGACUCAGACGUUUGACAAGCAGGGAUUCCACGCUGCCACGCCACCUCCCUUCAGCUUACCAUCCGCGUUGGGAUCCACCGGGCCCCUGAACCCCGGGGCCGCCGCAGGCUACGCGCCAGCCCCCUUCCUGCAUAUCCUGCCUGCGCAUCAGCAGCCGCAUUCUCAGCUCCUGCAUCACCACCUGCAGCAGGACGGACAGGGUGGAUCUGGCCAGCGCAGCCAGCCCAACGCCAUGCAGCCGAAAUCUCAGACGAGCAAAACCGGCUACACCGCGUCUCCGUACUGGACAAACUGACACCGUCACGAAACCGGAAGCGGCCAGAGCCCGGAUCCUACACGCCAGAGGAAGAACGUUCUGGAGCGCGUUCCGGGCCGCCGCCGUUUAUCCAAAAUGUUUUACAGGAGAAAAAAAACCAACUGUGACCGGCCAAAAACGUCUGUGCGGGGGAUUCUGCAAACACCUCCUUAGUGUGAAAGUUGCCUGCUUUCCUUUUGGUUUGCUGUUGUAUGUAAUAUAUUUAUGUAUGUAUUUGUAAAUGUAAUAGAGCCUAAAUGUGGUUUUUCUGCAUUUUGCAGCCUUUUUUUGUUUUCUUUUGUUUUUUUUUCUUCUUCUUUGUAGGGGGCAUUUGAAUUAACAUCUGCAAUCAGUGCAAAUAUAUAAAUAUAUAUAAUAUUUUGUUUUAAGCUCCUUGGUUUGUAAGGAAAGUGCCAUUUUAAAAAAAAAAGAAAAAAAAAUGUUCAAGUCCCCCUUAUUUAAAUCAAGAUAAAAGUCACCGUCACGACGGAAAAGAUUCAUCACAUUUCUGUCAUUUUUUUUUUUCCUUUUUUUUCUUUUUUCUCCAUUUCCAGUGGAAGAAAAUUAAUUUGGAACAAGAUGUUAAAGAAUGGUGGUCCCCUAAACAUUCAGUCAGAAUCCAUCAUAUUUCCUUUUUUACUUUAAAUAAAACUUAAGGAUCAUCUGCAGUAAACUUUGUGGGUUUUGGGUUUUUUCUUCUGUUUUUUAUUUUCUCGUUUGCAUUUCCAUGAUUUCUUUUAUCACUCGGUGAAUAUUAGAUGCUUCCCAGACGCCCCUGAAUUUUGCCAGUUAUCUCUGGGCCAUCUCUUAUUGCCUUUUUUCCGCCUCGACGUGACGCCUGCGCGUUAAUUAAACUCGGAUGCACAUCGGAGCAGAGAGAAUUCUAGAAAAAGAAGGGAGAAAUAUUUAUACGAGGUUUUAAAACCUCACCUUUUCUCACAACAAGCCAGGGUUUACUGUCAGAAAACUUGUAAUAGAUUUAACUGUAUAGCAGUUUCUUAAAUAAAGUAUAUACUGUGUCUUGCA